AUGGCCACCCCCAGCUCCUCACAGGAUCAGGCCUGGAGCCUGGAGCUUCCCUCCCCCGGGGCACUAUCCCCGCCUUCGGGGUCUCCGGAGCCCGAGGGUGCUGGCAGCCCGCGGGCCCCCGCCGGGCUGCCGGUGCAGAAAGUGAAGCGGCCCAUGAACGCGUUCAUGGUGUGGAGCUCCGCGCGGCGCCGCCAGGUGGCGCUGCAGAACCCGAAGAUGCACAACUCGGAGAUCUCCAAGCGGCUGGGCGCGCAGUGGAAGCUGCUGCGCGAAGACGAGAAGCGGCCCUUCGUGGAAGAGGCCAAGCGGCUCCGGGCCCGGCACCUGCGGGACCACCCGGACUACAAGUACCGGCCGCGGCGCAAGACCAAGAGCCCGGGCACCGGGGCGCCACACUUCGGCCCCAGCGUGGCGGACGGCGGGCCUGCUUGGGGGCCAACUUUUGCGACCACCCAGGGUACCAGAGGCUUCGGGUACCAGCCCCCCAACUAUUCCACCACCUACCUGCCCGGCAAUUAUGGCACCUCACCUUACAAACGCGAGGCCUCUGCGUCCUGGCCCCUCCCUCAAGGCUGCCCAAUGCUCCCAGCUGAGCUGAUCAGCCCCCAUAACCCCUACAGACCUGCGGCUGACCCUCCCACUACCUAUAACCCUCCCCUAACCUACCUUUAACCCCUGUGGACACAGACCACCGGGAAGAACCAUACUGUGCCCCCAGGCUGCAAACCCUUUUGGUAUUGGGACCAUUCCUCUCAAAGGCAGGAGCAUUGUGGUCCUCCCAGAGCCAGCAGAGGGAGCCCACAAAGGUGCCAGCCAUGCAAAGGGCCCUUUUCCUGCUUGUAGAAGACAGAAUUGAGGUCACCCUUCAGGAGAGCUCCCUAAGUUCUGUGAUUUGUGUGUGUGUGUUUGAGACCAUGUUUUUCCUGAUUAAACCCUGUCUCUGAGUCUA